AUGUCGAGCCAUCUUGCGCGGAGGGCCGCGGGCCGCCUGGCAGCUCGCUCCACCGGGCUGGGGGGUCCUGGUCGACUGACAGCAGCAGCUUCACCAGCUUCGUGGACAGCAUUGCCGCUGAGAUAUGGCUCUGCUGCAUACAGACAGAGACGCAGCUACACCUCGUCUCGCUACCAGCCGCACCUCUCGACCCGCUCGACCGUCGUCCAGCUGCUCAGCAACAUCGGCUCCAAGCGUGAGGUCCAGCAGUACCUCUCCCACUUCACCUCCGUCUCCUCGCAGCAGUUCGCAGUCAUCAAGGUCGGCGGCGCCAUCAUAACAGAACACCUGCAGACCCUCUCCUCGGCCCUUGCUUUCCUCAACCAUGUCGGCCUAUACCCGAUCGUGGUGCACGGGGCCGGACCCCAGCUGAACAAGAUGCUGGAGGACGCCGGCGUGGAACCGCAUUUUGAAGACGGCAUUCGAGUCACGGACGGCAAGACGCUGGCGUUGGCCAGGUCGCUUUUCAUGGAAGAGAACCUCAAACUGGUCGAGGAGCUGGAGCGGCUGGGCGUCAGAGCCAGGCCAUUGACCACAGGCGUCUUCUCGGCAGACUACCUGGAUAAAGACAAGUACAACCUUGUCGGCAAGAUCAAUGGGGUCAACAAGAAGCCCAUUGAGGCCGCAAUUGAGGCUGGAUGCUUGCCUAUCCUCACCUCCAUGGCCGAGACACCAGAGGGUCAGGUGCUUAACGUCAAUGCGGAUGUUGCUGCCGGUGAACUUGCGAGGGAACUCCAGCCGCUGAAAAUCGUAUACCUGGCUGAGAAGGGCGGGUUGUUCAAUGGAGAUACAGGCGAGAAGAUCUCGGCUAUCAAUCUGGAUGAAGAGUAUGACCAUCUCAUGAAGCAAUGGUGGGUUCGGCACGGAACACGCCUUAAGAUCAAGGAGAUGAAGGAACUGCUUAUGGAUCUGCCCCGGACCUCCAGCGUGGCCAUCAUACACCCUGCGGACCUGCAGAAGGAGCUGUUCACUGAUACCGGUGCCGGAACCCUGAUCAGACGGGGCAACAAGGUCCAGACCAGGAACAGCAUCGAGGAGUUCGAGGAUGUCGAGGCCCUAAAGAACGCUCUUGUGCGUGAUCAGGAGGCGUUGGAUGCCAGGGCUACUGUGGACAGAUACGUUGACUCACUCAGGGGCAAGGAGAUUAAGGCCUACUCGGACGAGCCCCUGGAGGCUCUGGCUAUUGUACUGCCUCCCAAACCGGGCUCGACGCUCGCUCACCUGGCUACCAUGUCCAUCACCAAGACCGGCUGGCUGACUCAUGUUGCCGAUAACGUCUUCACCAGUAUCCAAAAGGACUUCCCCAAGCUUACCUGGACCGUCAAGGAAGACGACGAGAACCUCUCCUGGUUCUUCGACAAGGCCGAUGGCAGCCUAUGUAGGGAUGGCGAAGUGCUUUUCUGGUCCGGCGUCAAAGAGGCAGACGAAGUCAAGGACCUUGUCGUCGAAUUCAGCAAGAAUAGCCGUGACAUGCUCGGCAACCUCAGCAUGGAAUCCCCCCUGAAUAGCAGCGCGACUGGUGGCAGCAAUCCCUCUGCAGCCGUUCAGCAGAAACGAGCAUUCUCAACAGCCACCACCGCUUCUACUCUGCGAUCCCUCAGACAGCAGCAACAAUAUACCCGUCCCGGCUUCUCCCGUUCAUACACCACCCAGACCAACCCAAACCCUCCCCUGGGCAAAAAAAACGCAUCCAACACUAAACCCUCCAAGGUCGCCCUGAUCGGUGCCCGUGGCUAUACCGGACAGGCCCUGAUCAGUCUCCUCAGUGCCCACCCAUACAUGGAUCUAGCCCACGUCUCCUCCCGUGAGUUAGCAGGCAAGCCACUGCAGGGCUACAACAAGCGGGAAAUCAUCUACGAGAACCUCAGCCCAGAUGACGUCAAGCGCAUGGCUGAACAAGGUGACGUCGACUGCUGGGUCAUGGCCAUGCCGAACGGAGUCUGCAAACCGUUUGUGGACGCGGUUGAUUCCGUCGACAAGGAGAAGGCCGUCAUCGUCGACCUCAGCGCAGACUACAGGUUCGAUGACUCCUGGACAUACGGUCUGCCGGAGCUAGUAAAUCGGUCUACGAUAGCCAAGGCAACCCGCAUUGCCAACCCUGGAUGCUAUGCCACAGCUGCACAGGUGGGCAUUGCGCCGCUGGUGCCGUACUUGGGCGGUCAGCCUACUGUCUUCGGUGUAUCGGGAUACUCCGGUGCAGGCACCAAGCCCAGCCUGAAGAACGAUGUGAAUUACUUGACCAACAAUAUCGUUCCGUACAGCCUUACGGAUCAUAUCCAUGAGAGGGAAAUUGGGUCUCAGCUUGGUGCUGAGGUUGCAUUUAUUCCUCACGUUGCGGUUUGGUUCCAGGGCAUUCACCACACUAUUAACAUCCCGCUGAAAGAGGCCAUGGCCUCCCGUGACAUCCGCAACUUAUACCAGGACCGCUACGCAGGUGAGAAACUAGUAAAGGUCGUCGGUGAGGCGCCGCUGGUCAAAAACAUCUCCGGCCGCCAUGGGAUUGAGGUCGGUGGUUUCGCAGUCCAUUCGAGUGGGAAGCGAGUCAUUGUCUGCGCUACCAUCGACAACCUCCUCAAGGGUGCUGCAACUCAAUGUCUACAAAACAUGAACCUCGCGCUAGGAUACUCGGAGUACGAAGGUAUACCCCUGGAUGGCAGCAGCUAG